GGGGCGAAGGGAACAUGGUGGCCGCUUCCUCUCUUGCAAAGAGCAGCCGCAGUGGCGAGUCCGGUUGCUCUCGAGGCGGGGAGAGGCGCUGAGGCGCAGGCAACGGCCGGAGCAGGCUCUGCUCUUCCUCUGUGCGGGAAAGGAGCCCCGCGUUUGGUGCUGCCGCUGCAGCUCUUGGCUUGCUCUGUGCCCAGCAGAUGGAGGAUUAGUUAGUUGAAAGGGGACCUCCUUGAAUGCCAGCACAAAGGAUACAGAUGGCAGGUGCUGAGGAAUUCCAGCAACCAGCUAUGAUUGAGGAUAAAGGCCCAAGAGUGGCCGACUACUUUGUAGUGGCAGGACUCACGGAUACAUCAACACUUCUGGAUCAAGAAAUAAAUCGUCUUGAAACAAAGUCUGUUGGUCCAAAGGCUCCAAUCACAGAUCUUGCUGUCAUUAUUAAAUCAGCAGGUGAAACAGUCCCCGAAGGUUACACUUGUGUUGAAUCGACACCCACAGCACUUCAAGCCAACCUGAACUAUGGGAGUCUUAAAAGCCCAGAGCUUUUUCUUUGCUACAAGAGGAGCAGGGAGAAACCCCCUCUUACUGAUAUUGGAGUUUUAUAUGAAGGGAAGGAACGUGUAAUGCCAGGCUGUGAGGUGAUCCAGGCCACGCCUUAUGGUCGCUGCGCUAAUGUCAAUAACAGUUCGGCCUCUUCCCAGCGCAUCUUUAUCACCUAUCGACGGGCUCUUCCUGUGCGACCCCAAAACUCCUUGGCUGUUACCGACAUCUGUGUUAUUGUAACCAGCAAAGGAGAAACUCCUCCUCAUACUUUCUGCAAGGUUGAUAAGAAUUUGAAUUGUGGCAUGUGGGGCUCAAGUGUAUACCUGUGUUAUAAGAAGUCUGUUCCAGCUUCUAACUCAAUUGCAUAUAAAGCUGGUUUAAUAUUCAGAUAUCCAGAAGAAGAUUAUGAGUCAUUCCCUUUGUCAGAAUCUGUACCUCUAUUCUGUCUUCCAAUGGGAGCUACUAUUGAAUGUUGGGACCCUCAAACCAAAUACCCACUACCUGUAUUUUCAACAUUUGUUCUCACUGCUUCAUCUGCUGAAAAGGUGUAUGGUGCUGCUAUUCAGUUUUACGAGCCAUAUUCGCAAGAGCUUCUCACAGAGAAGCAGCACAUACAGUUGGGUCUCUUGACCGCUGUAGAGAGAAAAGUGGAUACCUCCAAAUCCAUAAAUUCCAACAAGUGCAUCUGCUUACUGUCCCACUGGCCUUUUUUUGAAGCCUUCAGAAAAUACCUUAUGUUCAUCUACAAGCUGUCUGUGUCUGGACCUCAUCCUCUUCCCAUUGAAAAGCACAUAUCCCACUUUAUGCACAAUGUACCUUUCCCUUCUCCUCAAAGACCAAGAAUCCUUGUACAGCUGUCUGCACAUGAUGCAUUAAUACUGUCUCAACCAGUUUCUACACCUUUGCCACUCAGUGGUGCAAACUUCAGCACACUGCUAAUGAAUCUUGGACCAGAAAAUUGUGCUACUCUGCUGCUCUUUGUGUUACUGGAAGGCAAGAUCCUACUCCACUCUCUCCGACCCGCUGUGCUGACUGGAGUAGCUGAAGCAGUAGAAGCUAUGAUCUUUCCAUUUCAGUGGCAAUGUCCCUACAUCCCUCUCUGUCCUUUGUCUCUGGCAACGGUGCUCAGUGCUCCCUUCCCAUUUAUAGUUGGAGUUGACUCCCGGUACUUUGAUUUAUAUGACCCUCCACAAGAUGUUGUUUGCAUUGACUUAGACACAAACAUGGUGUACAUAUCAGAUGAUAAGAAGAGUAUGAACUGGAAACAGCUUCCCAAGAAGCCAUGCAAAAGUCUGCUCAGCACCUUAAAGAAACUGCAUCCACAACUGGCGUUAGUUCACAGAAAGACACAAGAAGGCUCUGCAGUUGAGAUGACACCUAUAGAAGCGGAUUUCUCCUGGCAGAAAAAGAUGACCCAAUUUGAGAUGGAGAUUCAGGAAGCUUUUCUGCGUUUCAUGGCUUCUGUCUUAAAGGGAUACAGAACAUUCCUUAAACCAAUCACACAGGCACCUUCGAAUAAAGCCACUGCUGCAGAUUCCCUGUUUGAUCUUCAAGGGUUUUUAAAAAGUAGAGAUCGCGCCUACACAAAAUUUUACAUGGCUUUAACUAAAACACAGAUAUUUAGCCGCUUCAUUGAAGAAUGCAGUUUUGUGAGUGACAAAGAUACCGGCUUGGCUUUUUUUGAUGACUGUGUGGAAAAGCUUUUUCCUGAGAAAGGAUCAGAAAAAGGAGAUAAGGUUGAUGCCGAUUCUACAGAGGAUAUUCGAUUGAUUGAGCUUGAUGAGUCACAAAAGAGUGAACAUACCGUGUUUAUAAUGCCCCCAGAGCCUCCUCCUGAUGAUGGGCAGGAGAAGACACCUAAAUACAGCUACAACACCUUCCCUAGACUAGAUUAUAAAUUCUUCGACAGGCCCCAAGAGCUGAAGCUUUCGUUCAACAGGCACACGGUUGGAGGUACUGUUUCAAACAGUCCAGCACUCAUGGCAAAGAGGACAAAACAGGAGAUAAAAGCAGCCCAUAAGUUAGCCAAGCGAUACUACACAAGCCCUCCACAAUGGGCCAAGUGCCUCUUUAGUCACUGCUACAGCUUAUGGUUCAUUUGUCUGCCAGCUUAUGUCAGAGUUUCCCAUCCCAAAGUCAAAUCUCUGCAACAAGCAUAUGACGUUCUUAUCAAAAUGAGGAAAACAGAUGUGGAACCCUUGGAUGAGGUUUGCUAUCGAGUUGUAAUGCAGCUCUGUGGACUUUGGGGCCAUCCUGUUCUGGCUGUAAGAGUCCUUUUUGAAAUGAAAAAUGCUGGUAUACAGCCCAAUGCAAUCACCUAUGGUUAUUACAACAAGGCAGCUUUGGAGAGCCCGUGGCCUAGCAGUAGUCGCAGUGGCAUUUUUCUGUGGACAAAAGUACGGAAUGUGGUGCAGGGCAUGGCCCAAUUUAGACAGUGCCUCAAAAAGUCUACACGCAAUUUACAAGUUCCUUCAGUACCAGCUCCCCGGAUGACCACAGGUGGAAGUGAUGGGGAUACGGUGAGCCAUGGUAGUGUGGAUAGUUCUAAUGAUGCUAACAGUGGGGAGCACACACUCUUCGUCAGAGACUUAGUCAGGCUUGAUUCCAUUGGUAAUCACUCUAGCACAGGUGGUCAGUCUGAUCAAGGAUAUGGUUCCAAAGAUGAACUGAUAAAGGACGAUGGAGAUAGCAUUCAUACACCAGAUAUGCUUGUUGAGAAAGAACUUGUGGCUAAAGAUGAUGAUCUAACUGGAGAAGUUGUUGGUGCCGGUGAAUCUGGUGAAAAAUGCCUUAAUCCAGAAUCCUACAGCCCAAUAGAAGUCCCAGUACAACCUGGAAGCAGCAUUGUAAAGGUUCCCUCUGGUAUUUUUGACAGUACUGGCAGGAAGAGCAGCAGUGGAACUCCAUCCAGCCCAUUGUUUGUAGCUCAGGAUCCGAUUGACGAUUUAGUGUUUGAUGACAGCACUUCUCCCAAGAGAACUGGGGAAAAAGGGAAGAAGAGGCAGAAGCUUUUUUCGGAACGGAGCUGCAGUUUUAGCACUGAAAGCAGAGCGGGCAUGUUGCUGAAGAAAAGCAGCUUGGACUUGAACUCCAGCGAAGUUGCAAUAAUGAUGGGAGCAGAUGCAAAGAUCCUCACAGCAGCUCUGUCUGGGGCCAAAUCAUCCCCACCCCAUACAAGUAAAUCCCACAGUUUUGACAAUGUUAGUGGUGAUCAGCCCCAUUCUGGCUCAAACACCUCCAGGACUUCUGCGGACAAAAACACUUGGGAUGCAGAGUGUUGCUCACCGCCUGUUUUGGAAAAGCUGGAAGAAGGUCAUGAACAGCUUGAAAACGGGCAUGACAACAGUGCAGUCAAAGCAGAGGACGUGAACUCCCAGCCUCUUACUGCUUCUGAGUCCAGAACUAGCCAAACAGAACCCAAAGAGACAGCGGACAAGAGAAAUAGUCUCCUUGGUAUAGUCAAGCUUGUUGAAAGGGAAGACGUUCAGGUGGGCCUGGACCCUUUAUCUUUGCUGGCAACGGAGACAGUAGAGUCAAAACCCUGUGAACAGCAAGAAAAGGCGAUGUCGCCGGUAGUUGCACGCAAUUUGGCUGAUGAAAUUGAAAGCUACAUGAAUCUGAAAAGUCCCUUGGGCAGCAAAUCGUUCAGCAUGGAACUGCACAAGAAAGAGAACAGCCCAGAGGAAGCCUCCCCUAGUUCACUUGGUCCUCCUUUGGUUAGGCGGUCAAGCCUACCUUUAGAUUCUGCUCCACCACCCCAAGUCCAGCAUCCCACUCGAAAGAGCCCAUCUGUUUCCCGAUCCAAAACCUUUACUGGAAAACCAAAGCAAUUAGCCCUUUCACGGACCCAGAAAGAGCGGUCCACGUCUUUAACUGGCUUGGGUCGUACUUCACCACAGGCCGCAUUUGGUUCGGUAGUUACAAGUUUAUCGGGUUUGAAAUUCGAUCACAUCUUAUCUGGACCUAAAAUAGAUGUUCUGAAGUCUGGCAUGAAGCAAGCCGCUAAUGUCGCCAGCAAGAUGUGGGGAGCUGUAGCAUCUGCAUAUAGCUAUUCAGAUGAUGAGGAUGAAGGGAGUCGGCCUGAUUUUACCUUUCCCGUUGGCUUUGAAGACCAGAUUUUAGGUGUCAAUCAGUCACAAAAACCAGGCAUUGCAGGACUCGCAACCAGCGAACUUGCACAGAGUACAACUAGUCUGGGGAGCAGCAAUAGCAGUGGAGAUGCAGGGAAGCAUCACUACCCAACAGGUGAAACUCCGUUCCCUAAAGGUAUAAAGGGUGUGGAUUUUGAGAAGUCUGAACAUGGCUCUUCCCAGAACACCAGUUUGUCUAGUAUCUUCCAGAAUUGUGCAAUGGAGGUCUUAAUGUCAAGCUGUUCUCAGUGUCGAGCGUGUGGAGGACUGAUCUAUGAUGAAGAAAUCAUGGCAGGGUGGACUGCCGAUGACUCUAAUUUGAAUACUACUUGCCCAUUCUGCAAGAGCACUUUCUUACCUCUCCUUAACGUGGAGUUUAAAGACCUCCGUGGAUUUGCAAGCUUAUUUUUGAAACCAAGUACCUCUGGUGAUAGUUUACAAAGCAGUAACAUUCCAUUAACCACUGAUUCUCUGGAACAGAAGCCUGUUUCUGUCCCUGCAACUGAUUUGAUCAGUUUUGAAGAACCCUCAAAUACCAAUCCAACCAUUGCUGAAGAAAACAGCACUACACCUAUACAAAGCUGCAGAACAGCAGAAGAAGAGAGUAGAGACCCCAGACCUGUACAGCCAUCUGUUGCAAAUAACACAUCCAAGCGAGGAGCUUCUCUGACUCGGAGCCACAGUGUUGGUGGCCCCCUGCAAAAUAUUGAUCUCCUGCAGCGGCCAUCUCAUUGCAUUUCAACAGUUAGCCUUCCUAACAGUUUACAGGAGGCCAUGGAUCCCAUAGCAAAAAGGCCAAAUCCUUUACCUGUAUCUGUGCCUUAUUUGAGUCCUUUGGUGCUCCGGAAAGAGUUGGAAUCCUUGUUGGAAAAUGAAGGAGAGCAAGUGAUCCACACCUCAACUUUCAUCAAUCAACACCCCAUUAUUUUCUGGAAUUUAGUAUGGUAUUUCCGUCGCUUGGACCUCCCAAGUAACUUGCCAGGGCUCAUUCUGACUUCAGAACACUGCAAUGAGGGGGUGCAGCUUCCACUGUCCAAUUUGUCUCAGGACAGCAAGCUAGUUUAUAUCCAGCUACUCUGGGACAACAUCAAUCUUCACCAGGAGCCUGGGGAGCCCUUGUAUAUAUCUUGGAGAAAUCUCAAUUCCACAGAGAAGAAACCCUCAAUAGCUUCAGAAGAGCAGCAAGCAAUAAACUCUUUAGUUGAAAAUAUCACGCUGAGCAUUCAGCACAACGAUGUUGUUAAACCCAUAAAUUUCCUUGUACAGCAAAAGCGCAAAGGCAAGCGACAAAGGAGUUUUUACAGAGAGAUUCUUUUUCUAUCCUUGGUGGCCCUUGGGAGGGAGAAUAUUGACAUAGAGGCCUUUGACACUGAAUACAGGGCAGCAUAUAAAAGUCUACCGAGUGAGAUGGUUGAAAAAAUGCAGAAGAUAGAUGCUCCACCCAGCAGCAGUGUCGAGUGGUGUAGGAAGUGGUUUGGAGCACCUGUUAUCUAAAGUUCACAGAGAAGAUGUGGCAAACCACCCACAAGACCAAAGAGAAGGCCCAAACCGGCAACAGGUUGGUUUGGAUUUGGACUCCAGAACCCCAGUGGAAACUGAUGUAUGCUCCAGUUCAGGAGUCACCAAGGAACUUUUCUUCAGGAAUGAAUUGGAAUCAGCAUGAAGUAUAUGGGUCUUGAGUGGACUGUUCGCCUUCAACAUCGCUCCUUUUAACCUUCUCAGCCUCAUGUUUAAAAGAGAUGAAAUGACAACUGGCAUUUGUAUAGUACCUUUCUCUAGAUACUCAAAGCAAUGGGAUAUUUCAUACCUAAGAGCAUCUCAAAUUAAUCUCUUUACCUACAGAGCAACCCCUGUUCAAAGAGGGAUGUGUUUUGCAGGUACAUGUACAUACUUAUUGUUCAUUGGCUGUGUGAAUGGCAAAUCUUUCCUUUGGGUCAAAAGACCAACCUCUGUCAUAAUUAAUAACCUUCUUUUAAAAACAAAAAAAAUCACUGUCCCAGUUAGUAGCGAAAACACAGCUUAGUUUGGGCUGUUUGUAAAACUUAUUUUCUCUGUUCAGUUUCCUGCAUCAAAGAGUUUUAAAAUUGUACAUACAAUGUUGUGUUCUCCCAAACAAUGAGGGGUUCCUACCCGGAGUGACUGUAUGGCAGUUGCUAUUCUAUGAUGGAAGGAUUUCGUUAUAGAAUGGCGAUUCUGUAAUGGGGAAUAUAAAUGAAUUUGGGGUACAUAAAAUGGUGUGAAAUUCAUGUUAACCAUAUACGUUUUUAGCAUUUUGUGUAAAAGAAAUAUAUGCAUAUCUAUCUAUAUAUGGGGCAAAGCUUGAAUCUUCAAGUGCACUAAUGCCUCAUUCCUGCUCAUGUUUCUAACCUGUGGGACAAUUUUUUUGCACUGCCCAAGUUAAAUAAUUCUAUCAGAAGUAUAUUUAUACCCUCACACUUGAAGAUAUAUUUACCGAGAGUGAAAAAGCAGAUUUUAAGUCUUAACAAUUUUAAUAUCUUUGGUUAAAUGGAUCUUGAGUUGAAAAAAAAAAGAUUUGCAUUAACUGUGAAGCCCUGACUAUUGUAGAGUUUGGCAUGGAUCCAGAAAACAUCAUUCAUGCAAUGAUCAUUUCACUUGUGUCUUUUGCUUGUGCAAUGAUUGGCUUUCCCCCUUCUACAGCCCCUGCGCUUUCCCCAAAGACUGCUUUGGACAGGAGCGGCAGGGAACGUAGCCCAGGAGGAACGUAGCUCACUGGGCAUCCUUGUGUAGCCAAGCCAUUGCAUUUGCAAAGGAAUACUUGAAGGGUGCUCUCCAGCACCUGACAGCAAUCGGCUGUACAAAGAAGGCACAUGUGCAAUAGUCUUCUGGCUUCAUCUUAACUCAGACAACGAAGCUCCAAACAUAACUGCCCAUUGCCUUAUGAAGUAAGUCCACUAGGAGGGAUUUGUAGCUAACAGGUUGGAUUCUGUGGCUCUGUUCCACUAGCCAAGGCGCUUUCUUCCAAGCAGGGUGGAGCCUUCCACUUGCAGAAAGCACAGCUGCUAGUGGAACAAAUCUGUAGGCUCCAACUGAGCAACUGCAGCCCAAACCUGUUCCCAGUCUUCAGUGUAUUCCAUCCACAGUAAUUUUUCACAUUUCAGUAGUAUUAGUAGAAUAUGUACUGCACGGCAUGGCAGGAUUAUAAACAUUUUAGUAACUACUCAGGCUUUUCAAUAGAGUGGUGAGUUUUGCACUUGUCAGAGCACAUUCUUUUCAGCGCUUUAGGUGCGAGUCUUUUAACUUUGAUGCUAAGUUUCAAUCCUGAUUUACUAGAAAUUUGUUUUUAAUGUGAAUGCCAUGCCUUUACAAAGCACAGUAUGAAAAAAAUCUCUCCAUUACAUCACUUCAGAUGUUCUUUCUCAUGCUCUGUUGCUAAAAGCAUGGAGAGGAAGAUGAAUGUCUGAUACUUGCUUAUACAAUUAAUUCUUGUUUCUUAAUAUGCCUCCUUCACAUCUCCUUACCCGAAUAAUAAAAUUAUGAUAUUAAUAAAAAUCCUUGAAAUACA